AAUUCCAUCACAUGGCCUCUCUGCAACUUCGUUGACAAAAAUCAUGAUUCUCCGUUACUUCUCUUAGUUCACUACUCUCAUUCCUUGUCUAUUUUCAUACGAGAAAUGUCAAAUGUGUGAUCAGUUCGAAAAACCAUGAGUUCCUUCCCUGGUUUUAAACUCCAUUCAUGGUGGGGAGUUGUCGUUGCUCUUGAGUUUCUUGUGGUUCAAGCUAUGGGGCUAAACACAGAUGGAGUUGUCUUGCUUUCAUUCAGGUUUUUGAUUCUCAGUGAUCCUUUGAACGUUCUACAAAGCUGGAACUUGGUCGACCAGUCGCCUUGUUCUUGGAACGGAGUGGCCUGUGACUCCAUUGAUGGCUACCUUCGAGUUACAUGCUUGUCUCUCCCGAAUUCUCAGCUUCUUGGUUCCAUUCCAUCCGACCUGGGCAGGCUACAACACCUUCAGAAGCUUGAUUUUUCAAACAAUUCACUUAAUGGGUCUCUUCCUGUUUCGUUGUUCAAUUCGACCAAGCUUCGUUUUCUUGACUUGUCCAACAAUUUGAUCUCAGGUGGAAUACCGGAAACGAUCGGAACUUUGCAGAAUCUUCAAUUCCUUAACCUCUCCGACAAUGGAUUGUCGGGUACUUUGCCUGCAACUCUCACUACUAUCCAGAAUCUAACCGUUAUUGCUUUGAAGAACAAUUACUUUUCAGGAAAUCUUCCAAGUGGGUUUCAGUCAGUUCAAGUUUUAGAUCUUUCUUCCAAUCUUGUCGAAGGUUCAUUGCCUCCAAAUUUCGGAGGCAACCAUAUCAACUAUCUGAACUUUUCUUUCAACAGACUGUCCGGGGAAAUUCCACCGGAAUUCGCCGAGAAAAUUCCUGGUAACGCCACUAUUGAUCUUUCCUUCAAUAAUCUCACCGGAGAAAUCCCGGAUUCCGCUGUUUUUAACAACAGAAAACCCGAAUCUUUCUCGGGGAAUCCUUUUCUAUGUGGCAAAGUGACAAAGCGUGAUUGUCCAAUUCCUUCACCAACUUCUCCUCCAGCAAUGGCCGCCAUCCCGAAAACACCGAACACCGGAUCUAAAAAAUCACAACAAAACAAGUUCAAACCAGUGACAAUAGUGGCAAUCAUAGUGGGAGAUAUAGCAGGGAUUGUACUUGUAAUCGUUGUUUUCUUUGUCAUCUACAAAAUAAAGACCAAAAAGAAAAUGGUACUCGACAAUCGGUCUUCAACGUCUCCAUGGAUGGAACUAAGAGGGUUUUCGAGAUGGUCGUGUUUGAGAAAGAGAGGAGAGUACGAAGAAGAAUCCGACACCGAAGAAGAAGAAUGUAGUCAACGGCAGGAAGAGCAAGAACAUGACAAGAAAGGGAAAUUGGUGACCGUCGAUGGUGAAAAGAAGCUCGACUUAGAUACGUUACUCAAAGCGUCAGCAUACAUAUUAGGUUCCACGGGGUCUAAUAUCAUGUAUAAAGCCGUGCUUGAAGACGGGUCCUCGUUGGCGGUUCGACGGAUCGGUGAGAACAGUGUGUCCCGUCUCAAGGAUUUCGAGAACCAGGUUCGAGCCAUUGCUAAACUGGUGCACCCCAAUUUGGUCCGGGUUCGUGGAUUCUAUUGGGGAGUCGAUGAAAAGCUCAUUAUUUACGAUUUUGUACCAAACGGCAGUCUGGCCAGCGCUCGUUAUAUCAGAAAAGUUGGUUCUUCGCCUUGUCAUCUUCCAUGGGAGACACGGCUAAAGAUUGCUAAAGGAAUGGCCCGCGGGCUAGCGUAUCUCCAUGAGAAGAAACAUGUGCACGCCAAUUUGAAGCCCAACAAUAUCCUCUUAGACUCUAACAUGGAGCCCAAGAUUGGAGAUUUCGGUCUCGAAAGGCUUGUAACAGGCGAUACGAGCUCUAAAAUCGGGAUGUCGGUUCGAAAUUUUGGUAGCAAGAGGUCGACGGCAUCGAGGGAUAGCUUCCAAGAACUACUUGGACCUAGUCCAAGUCCGAGCCCGAGCUCGUUCGGUGUAUCGCCUUACCUUGCCCCGGAGUCACUUCGGAGCAUCAAGCCCAACCCGAAGUGGGAUGUGUAUGCAUUCGGGGUGAUUUUGCUUGAGCUUCUAACGGGGAAAGUUGUAGUUGUGGAUGAGUUGGGGAAGGGGAACGGGGUUAUCGUCGAGGACCAAAACAAGGCAUUGAGGAUGGCGGAUGCGGCAAUUCGUGGGGAGUUAGAAGGCAAAGAGGAUGCAUUGUUGGCUUGUUUCAAGUUGGGGUACAAUUGUGCAUCUCCCAUACCACAAAAGAGACCCACCAUGAAAGAAGCCUUACAAAUUCUUGACAAAAUCCCACCUUCCUCAAACCACUAUGGAUACUGAU